GAGCACAUGUUCGGCAAGAAAACCAACUUCCCUCCAGAGUUAUAAAACCAAUGUGAUGUUACGCUUUGCGGUCAGAAGAUAAAAACUGUUGGCGAAGACUGGAGCAGAGUACAAAGCUUGAUAAGGCGGAUGGACUGACUAGCCACAGGUGCUGCCGCCGGAGAAAAGGAUAUACAUUGCGACAAUGAGAACAUUUAUCUGAGAACCCUUGCAUGUGUAGUGAACUUAGUUUAUAAGGUGGAAACUUGAACUUAAUAGAAUCGUUGUCUAUUUGCUGUCGGUGGAUAUUCAGCUCAACGGAAUAUUAGUUUUGAUUUCGCAAUGAAGAUGUAUUUGUUUCUGGCGAUCCUGAUUUACAAAUGCAGCAAUUAUUUCUCCUGCGCUGAAUAUGAGCUGGCGGAAGCGAGUCAGGCGGUGAACGGACCUAGCAUUGCAUUGGACCUCAAUCCGGAAAGCGAAAACGAUUUCACCAACAAUAACAAUGGGAUGGUUUUCGAAUUCCGACGGAGUAUCAAAAGUGAUAACACGGAAAUAGAAGCCAGGCGGCGGAGUGCUCUAGACAAAAAUUUUAUGAGAUUCGGAAGAACAGAUCCUACGGCUUUGCAACGUGUGGCACGUGCAAGCAAACAAGCUAAUCUAAUGCGGUUCGGUCGAGCAGGUCAGGGAUUCAUGAGGUUUGGAAGGAUUCCUGAAAAUGUUCCUCUCUCGUUAGUGCAUAACGACGAUGAUAGCAGACAGGAUUACAACGGAGAUAGUGAAGAAUCAAGCGAAGAGACUACGUAUUCUAAACGAACGCCCAAUUCCGAUGAGAUUACGGAAGUUAGUGAAUCUGGAGAGCAAAUUAAGCCCAAGCAAUUGGUGUAUUACAGACGAGACUCCCCUAAAAAUUUGAUGAGGUUCGGUAAGCGAGAUGAUACGAAUAAAUUCCUUCGACUGAGUCGUGCUAACCUCAUGCGAUUUGGACGAGCUGGUUCAGAGGCUGGUGGAAAUUUGCAAAGAACGAAUUUUUUACGCUUCGGUCGAGGUAGUGGUAACUUAAUGCGUUUCGGACGUGCAAAGGGAAACUUAAUGCGUUUUGGACGAUCAGAUCCGCGGUUCCUUCGGCUCGUAAAAAUGGAUAAUAAUUUUAUGCGGUUUGGACGAUCGGACAAGGCAUUGAAAUCAGUCGAUAAAAACGAGACAAGAUCUUCAGAGUCAUCAACAUCUCACAACAAUGAAAUUAUAAGUGAAACAAAGCAUCAUGAUGAUUUAUCGCUGGACAAAACUGAUGCACCCUAUAAAUCUGACGAGGAUUAUGAAAUACAGUUGAGAGAAGAGGACAUCCUUACCCCAGUUUUCGUUUCGAAUUAUUAGUUGACCGUGUAAUGGCUCAAAAUAUUUUAUUAUUAAACUGAUAGAGUUCACUAUAGUCAAAUUGUUAAUGAUAUAUAACUGGUUCAAUACAUGUUCUGUUGCUAUUGAACCGAUAUGAUAAGGCUGGGAUUAACAAUCUGAUUAUGGUGGAUCAUGGUGAAUCUUUUCACUCUUUAACUUCGAGAAUGCCAAAUACCUAGUGAACAAACCAGAUGAAGUGAUUCUUAUUGUACAUUUAGCUAUAUUUAUAAAUUUACACGUAAAUUGUAGUCGUUAUUAUCAUUAUCAUCUCAGUCAUACUGAUUUACUGUAAUAUAAAAUAAAAUUCAAAAUACGCAUUGGAAA